AUGGAAUAUCAUGAGAAGUUAUGGGAUACCAGACAAGAUGGAAAGAGUGAAAGCAGGCAUAUAUGUGGGCUUUGAGUGCACAGUUGUCGACGGGAGUUGACAUCUGACUGGUUUAUAUUCGAGUCUGCUGAAAAACAGGGGUGCAUGAUGUCGGGAUUCUAAGCCUUACUGUGCUUAGAUUAGGUCAUGAGGAAGGCAACAGCAGACAAGAGAAGAGGGGUAACGUGGAAUUUCACAACAGUAAGGGAGGACCAUGAUUUCGCAGAUGACAUUGUUCUACUGUCAUCUACGUUCAAUGACGUGCAUUAAAAGACUGGGAGAUUGGCGGAGGAACCAGCCAUAGUAGGACCCAAACUUUAAGCAAGAAAGUGCAAGACACUAAGGACUGAGUGUGCUAGAAGAACGGAGAAUAUCGUGGUGGAUGGCAAAGAAGGGGAUGACGCUUACAUACCCAGGAACUAUUGCAGACAAGGAGGGUGGAGGUAGCAUAGAUAUUAUGCACCAUCUGCAGAAAGCACGUGGCGCAUUCAGAGACUAAGAGGGAUCUGGGCAGCUAGAGGAAUAGGAGGGAGAACCAAAAUACGCCUAUUCAAGACGAAACUUCGAACUGUCCUACUAUAUGGCUGUGAAGCUAAAUACCUUCCAUUGCUUGUGCCUGAGACGGAUACUGCAGAUUAGAUGGCAGCAGAAAAUGACAAACAAGAGCGUGAUUGAGUUGGCUGAGAUCAAUGACAUAAGCUGUGAGCUGUCGCGAACAGCAUGGAACUGGCUAGGUCACAUACUAAGGAGAGAGGGUGAGGAUGACUCCUUUACAGCAUUAGGAUGGGCUCCUAAAGGUCGGGGGAUGAGAGGAAGACCGAAAACUACUUGGAGAAGGACAGUCGGGAAAGAGCGAAACAAAGCUGGAUGGAAGAGCUCUUGGACG